CCACCAGCGCGCGUCUCCCUCCGCCGCAUGUAGCGCCGGUCGGUCGCGGUGAGUCAGGCUGCUGCGCGCACGCAGACUGCGCCGCUCGGAUCCUCGUCGCUCAGCUGGAUGUGAGGAGGCAGAAGAAGGGAAGGAAGGAGAUUGAGAACACUCCUCUUUCGACGCCACUCCACCCCAUGUGAACAGGCAGAGGCAGCAAUCCAGAGCAAACUAAGGAGAAAUGGGGGCGUUCAGGGUGCUGCUGGGGAGUUUACAUUACCUGGGACUUUAUAUGCAACUUAGUGUCUCCAGCAGGCAAGCUGGACACCACGACAUGGAGAACCAGGUCUCCGGGAACGCCGUCUUCACAGAGGUGCCUCAUGACGUGAGCGCCCACAGAGGGCAGGACGUGGAGAUGGCGUGCUCCUUCAGAGGUGCAGGAACACCGUCCUAUUCUCUGGAGAUCCAGUGGUGGUACAUCAGGAAUCAUCUGGACUGGACAGACCGGCAGCCCUGGAUAACCAAUGAGGUGGCUCCUGAGGAGGAGAUGCCAAAGGAUGCUACAAAGAUAAGUGUUGUGAAGGUCGUAGGAAGCAACAUCUCUCAUAAACUCCGCCUCUCCAGAGUCAAGCCGUCUGACGAGGGCACCUACGAAUGCCGCGUCAUCGACUUCAGUGACGAUGCAGGCGCACGCCACCACCGCGCCCGGGCGUACCUGCAGGUGGUGGCGGAUGGGGACGUGGCGGACAACCACAACAACUUUGAGGCUGUGGACGACACCAAGAGGGCGGCGGGAAUCCUGGAAUCCAAAGAACACAACCACCACCAGAGCCACGGGCGCCACCAGGAGCACGACAAGCGGCCCCCGUCUGCCAGCCACCACAACCACGGCGGUGGCCAGCUGCAGCACAAGGCCAGCCGAGAGCUGCGGAAGAGGGAGGUGGACAGUAACCACAGCCACAAUGACUGCACCGACGAGCCCAGCUGUGCUCUGUAAACGGCGUCUGACAGCAAACACGGCUCCAGAUAAAUCCAUUGAGAUGUACAGGAUGACUCAUUCAGGGUGUGGGAGGGGGGCUUUUCUUGCUGUGCACGGGUCUGACUGGACCCGCUCACUGCCUGUAAAGCCAGGCUCAUUAACACCCACUAAGGGGGGGAGGGGUCGGUGGCGCCGGUGGGCGGGUCUGCAGCUUCAGCAGACUCCAAAUAUUCAAUAAAAACGAGUCUUUAGUCCUGCUGUAAAACCAGAGCUCUGUUCCUGAACUGUAAAUGACAACAGCGUCCAUGCUCACACCUCCUCACUGCCUUACACUGUCUUUGAUACUCACUCGGACAGACUGCCUGAUUCCUGGCCUGAAAACGGGAUCUCUCUCCAACAGAUUCAGCCCUGCUUUCCCUCCACGUCGGCUCUCAAAGGACAGAAAGAUGCUUUUUUCAGCAGGAAUUCAUCAAGGUCCCAGCGCAGCCGCGCUCAUUAAGGACAGAGCCGCUCUUUGUUUUUUUGUUUUGGAGUGUGGGAUUUCAAUGCCAAACAAAACACGCCACAGGCUGCAUUCUGUGCUCGUGUCCUCCUCGCCACCCCCUGCUUCUUUGUUGGUUCUGAAAACCAGAAGAAAAAGAAAACUAGAAAUUGAUUCUGCGACUCAUCAGGACGACAAAAUACAAUCUCAGCUACAGAUCUGUUCUGGGUGGAGCGGAGCGAACCUCUAGUUCAAACACUCAAAUCCACGUGUCAAAGUCAAGGCCCCGGGGCCGGGUCCGGCCCUCCGGGUAAUUCUAUCCGGCCCUCCAGAUCAUUUUAUUUCAUUGUUAUUAAUGACCCGAUGUUAUCUUGUGCUCAUUUCUAACUUAUA